UUAUGAUUUGGUAGAUAUAAAAAUUACAAAAAUCCUAAUUAACCUAAAAAAAAAUCCCAAUUUCUUGAAUUGUCUGCUGUUGCCCUAGGUCACCAAACAAUAUCAUCUUCAACCUCUCUUCCUCGUAUCGUCAUCCUCCCACAACAGGGCUUUUGUGCUUCGAGACAGUGAAAUGGGAAUGGAAGAGGUGGGAGAAAUAGGAUCAUUACAUUCCCAAAUUUGGGAGCAAAUUGAGCUUGCUGAAAGCUACCUUGUUUGUUCCUUGUAUGAAGAAGCAGCUUCAUUAGCUUCUUCUAUUCUGAACCAACUUUCUACAAUUGUAACUGGGCAUGAUGAUGAUGAUGAUGGUGUUGAACUUCAUGACAUGUUAGAAUCAGCUGGAAUGGUCCUUGUCCAGUCCUUGAAUGAGCUUGGCAGGGUAUCAGAAAUUCUGAAUGAGCUCAAACAAUCAUUUUCUUCAGUUGGAGCCAUUCCCCUUCAAGUUCUUCUUGCUGGGGCAUGUUUCCAGAUAUCACAAAGUCCUUCGAGUGUUCGGAAUUUUCUUGAAGAGUUUCUUAGUAAGUGGAGAUUUGUGGAUGACGAUUACUAUGUUCUUGCUAAUGAUGAAACUAGUGUUGAUUAUGUAAAAGGAUGCAGUGGGCGCUUUAGGUUGAGUGUUGAUGAUUAUCUUGAUGUUGUUGAGGUCUAUGUUAUGAAGGUUCUUGCAACCACUUUAAAUGAUUUAGACCUUGCAAUCCACUGGGUUGAGAAAGCCGAGCUACCGAAAGACAGACGACAGGGACUUCUAAGAAGAUUACACUCUCUACAUUCUGCGAGAGCAACAACAACUUCGUCAAGAAGAUCCUCAGCUUUGUCGGGAGAUAACCCGAAAAAACAGAUAAACAUUCCUAAUGGAUCGCCACAAGUGUCAGACAACAAUUACCCUCUAAACGAUGAUAAAAUUGGAAAACAAUCAGUAAUAAGAUUUUCCAAAGGAGUGACCCCGUACGACUGGUGGUACCGCACCUUAAAUCUAAAGCUCGGUAACAUUCAGAUAGCCAUAUCAAACAAGAAGGUUGCAUUUGGCUGUUUAAUCGUGCUUGUGUAUUGGAUUUUAAGACGAAAACAAGCUAGGCUAAAAGGGAUUAUUAAGAGACAAGCUUUGAACAUAAAGAAGGGUGUUGUAGACUUGUGGCAACUUGCAUUUUCUUACCAAGUGAAUCCUUUAGCUGCUAUGCAGUCUCCUCCUGCGCCAUUGCGUGGAGCUCAAAGAUGAAGUGCUACAGAAGAAUGAUUCAAUGGAACUUCUCUUUCCUUGUUUCUGAUCUAUGAAUUUGUGAUGCUUACAUUUCACUGUAUCUCGAAUCAGAAUAAUCAAUUGGUGAAAUAAAUGAGUUUAAAAUAUAAAAUAAUUAAAAA